AUGGAGUCGGACGGAGAACGUGACGCCGGAUACAACCACUACAAUUCUCCUCAGCACCAGCCGCAACAGAGCUACCACCGGAACUACGAGGACUACGUCCACUCGAUGCAGCAACAGCAGCAACAGCACAAUCCAGCAGCCAGCUCGCCGUUGUCCACGUUGUCCCAACACGGUAGCAUGUUGGCGCCACCAAGCCCAGGAAUGCUAGGGGCCGGUAACGGUAUGAUGGCGUCCCCACUCAUGCAGUCCCACUCGCCACUGCUCUCUUCCAAUGCGUCCCUGCUGCAGUCCCAAUCACCGCUUCUCUCCAGCUCACCGCUUAUGAGCCAGUACAGUCCGUAUCACCAUCAGGACGUUCCGAUGCCAACGAUCCUACCGGGUCAGGAUGAACCCGGUGGUGGUGGGGGUGGUGGUGGAGGAGGUGGUGGAUGGGGUGGGUACGCACUAACGGCGGCCGGACCCUACCAGAGCGAGUUCUGCGCAUCGAACUAUGGAGUGUUGCAUCAACGGCAGGCUUAUGGAGGACCUCACGGAGCAGGAAAACUUGGUCCACACGGAGGACUUAAGAGUGCUAAGGAGGCUCGGAUUCGGCGGCCUAUGAACGCGUUUAUGGUGUGGGCGAAGGUUGAGCGGAAGAAGCUUGCGGACGAGAAUCCAGAUCUGCACAACGCCGAUCUCAGCAAAAUGCUCGGCAAAAAGUGGCGCUCACUAACCCCACAGGAUCGUCGCCCGUACGUAGAGGAAGCGGAACGUUUGCGAGUGAUUCACAUGACCGAACAUCCGAACUACAAAUAUCGGCCAAGGCGCCGGAAGCACGCCAAAGCUCGCACUGGUCCCGGUUCCGGUCCCACCGUAGGUGCGAUCGGUUCGGCAGGAGUAACUUCCGGUGGUGCAGGAACCGGAAACACCCAGUCGGGUGGUGCAACCGUUAACAAUUCGUCCCCAAGCGAGCUAAAUUACGGUGAUGGUGAUUCGUCCCAGCGCAUGAGCCCGUACACAUACAACCCGCACUACUACGCAGGCAGUAACAACGCACUCAACACACCGGAUUCGAGCCCCACCCAGAGUCCGGAACCGAUCGUCGUCCCACCGACCGUUGGUAGCCGGAAGUUGGUCGUAGUGUCGUCUUCAUCCUCGGGAGCGAAUGGGGCGCCCUCUAGCGGAGAAACCGGUCAAAAGCUGGAUGAUGUUGCGUCCGCUUUACCGACACCUGAGAUGAGUCCGCUUGAGCUUGAGAAAGAACCCGGAUUUGGUGGUGGAGGACUGCAUUCAGCUCACGCUGGAAGCUACGAUGAUUUGAAGAGCAAGCAAAAGCUCACGUAUGACGCCGUGUAUGGUGUGAAGAGUGAGCAAAAGCUACCGGCCUCUUUCCCGGGACAUGCGUACGAUCACGACACGCACCAGAAGUCACCAUCAUCAUCAUCACCAUCAACAACAGCAGCAACAGGUGACAAACGGUACUCGUACGAAGGUGUUGCUCAGCUCGCGAAUGGUUUGCACGAAAAGCGCAACUAUCUCUCAGCUAGCUCGAGCUCGACCACGACUACGGCGAUGGUGAAUGGGAUGUAUGUGAUGUGCACGAAUCGUAGCAUCCUGGAUCAAGGACAUAUCGUCACUGGGACGUACUUUCCACCGUUGGCUACCUCCGAGGAUCAUCAGACACUCGGUACCACUACCAUGACGACGACGAGCCACGGUCCACACCUCAGUACAAACAAUCACGGUGGUAGUGGUGCGCAAGGAUCCACUGGGCAGCAAAAGACCUCUAACGGGCUCGGGUUGGCAGGAUCCGCUUCUCAGAUGGCGCAGAUUAGCAACGCGCAGCAUCUUCAGCAACAACAGCAGCAACAGCAGCAGCAGCAGCAACAACAACAACAGCAGGUGGCGUUGACCAGUGAUCAACUCAAUAGCUAUUAUGGCACGGCUUCACUCUCGAAUGGGACGCUGCCGACGUAUUCGUACGCGUACAAGGACUACGGCAUUAUGUACGAGAGCCACAUCCUGCCGGGACAGGAUGUUGAGCCAGUGGAUUCGCGUGAGCUUGAUAAGUACCUUAAGUAUCCUGACAGCAACCACAACUUCAAUGGAUACGAUAGUGCGAGUUAUCAUCACGGAGGCGGCUCUACACCUUCUGGAGGUGCGAUUUAUGGGCUGGCUCAAGGCGAGUACUACAGCUAUGGAGGCGGUGUACUGACCCAUCAGUCCCAGGGACAACCUCAGCAACAACAGCAGCAACAGCAGCAGCAACAACAACAGCAUCAACAUCAACUCUCGCUGCCCGCUAAUGGUGGUGGACAGGUUGUUCCGAAGUUGUCAGACGCGAUGUUGCAGGGUGGAGGAGUUGGUGGUUCACACCAACUCCCAUCAACUCCUGUUGCACUGUACGCGCUUCCGCAACUCCAACAACAUGCGCAACACCUGGUAGCAGCCGCUGGUGGAGGCGCCCCAGGCACUCAAGUCGUGACCGUCCAACACGGCGGACAUCCUUUAGGUCCUAACGCCACCAUGACCGACAUCUACGUCACGAAUGAGCAACAGCUGAAGGACGACGAGUUCAGCAACAUCCUGGCCGGGGUGCGUAAGACGUGCUACAGCAACUGACGACCAGCGGCCGGUGGCACGACGUAAUACUCAACAACACUUCCGGCCAGCAACACUUCCGGUCCCGGGCUCGGAUUCGGGAGCAUUAUUUCAGCGUUUUGGGAGCCAGUUUUCCACCGUCCCAGUUUUCCCUUUAUUCACUCGUUAAGGAACC